AUGGCGCAUGCUGAAGCGUACGGUCCAAAUCUGCCAACAUUUGCAGAUUUGAAGAACCAUCUGCGCAAGGAGCCGCUUUACUUCCAGGUAUUGGAAGGAUACCUGCAAAAUACGGCCAAACUGAUUGAGGAUUUGAGGGAGAAGUUGGACAAUGAAACGAAUGAAGUUUCAACGGCAGACUUGAGAAUCCGCCCAAGUCCUCCGCCAUCUCGGGAACAGAUAGAAACGUUCCAUCAAUCCGGGGGAAUCCAGUGCGAUCUGGAGCGGGAAGCAGAAAAUGAGGACCAGAUCGCCCUCCACCUUCUCGAACAACAACAACAAGCUUUAGAGCAAGAGGAAGAACCAGUGCCGGCCGGCACUGGAGGUGGAGGAGAUGGCGGAGGAGAGGCAAGUACCGCACGAUUAGGAAGGUCUGCGGAAAUUCCAGAACGCAGUGAAGCGGAAAGCAUUCGCGAAAUAGCACUGCGUUCACGGACGAUACGGAUUCCACAACGUGAGGCAAAGCCAGUAGUGCCGGAAUCCUUUCAUGCGCCGGCAGUGGAAGGUUUACCGGCGUGGUACCAACAACUGCUGGUGAGGCCACCGAUUGACCCAUACGUAGUUAUUCGAAAUGCUGAUGGGUCAACCACAAUUGGCUUCUGUCAAAAAUGCGGCCAUUUCGUCGAUAUGCCGCAUGUUCGCUCUGAUGACGAAAUUACAGUCAUGAUGGAGCUACAUGCUUUGGAAUGGUGCCCUAGGGCCACGAAGGCUGUUAUGAAUGACAGAGCUAUUAAACGACGAAGACUUGAGUUGGUGCCUAAUAAUAAUGAAAUCUCUACCCAAGCCGCAACUCAAUCGAUGCACCAAUUCAAGAACCAUUUCUGUCCAAGUUCGCUCCGCUCAAUCAAUUUUCUUCUCCUUGCGCAGGUAACCUAA